CCCAAACAAACCACGACUAAUAGAUGUGCAGACUGAAAGAACAACAAGUAACAGAGCAGAGGAGGCCAACACGAGCUCCGGGCCCCCCAGAGGAGAGCCACAAAGCCGUGGCACGUGUGCAUUUGUAUAGGGGCCCAUCAGACCGUAAAAAGAGGAGGGUCCCGGCGUGUGCCUCUGUCGGGGGGGGGGGGGGGGGUGAGCGCACACAUUAAUGUAAUAAACCGCCAGUACAUCUGCUAAGCUAUCUGCACAUCCUCCAACGAAAUCCACCAAACCCAGGCUCUGAGCCCUCCCACAAUCAAAUCCACUGGGAUCUUGGUUUCAUCUGAUUGGUCGGGGAUGCUGCAACAGGGGGGGCGAGAACAAUAGCAUCAUUCCGGCAUAAAAAGAGUGGAGCUAUGCCUUGGAGACGAAAACAUUUCAGCAACAGAAGGAUCGAUAUACUGAGGAGAUAAAGUCCCAUAAGCUUCUAGUGUUGCCAUAUUUUUAACAAACCUGGAUACUCGAGACUUCACCCACCUCCCCGAAGUGCCUUUCCGCUGUAACUCGCCAAGAUGCCCAAAGGAUUCCUGGUAAAAAGAAACAAGAAAUCUGCACAUGUUUCCUACAGGACUCGGUCAGACGAAGAUGACCUCCAGGAGCCACCCACCCCAGCCGCCUUGCCGAGCCAGGCGGACCCCUCCCCGCCGAUGUCCGUGGCGUCCAGUCCGGACCGCGCCGCAGCAUCGCCGGAUUUCACAGCAGCUGACGCGCCGGUGCCAAGACUGGAGAAGCCGGCACAGUUCGGCAACCCCGAGGCGGUGUGCCAAGCCCUCUACAGCCCCACCCGGCCCAUCAGCAAGGAGCACGACAGGGGAUAUUUUGAGCGAAGUUUCAAUCUGGGCUCGCCUAUUUCUGCCGAGUCAUUCCCGACACCUGCCUCCCUCUCCGGCCUGGACCAUCUCCUGUACGCCCCGGUCGACCUAAAAAUCGGCACCAGCAACAGCAGCCGCAGCGGCACCACCAGCAGCAGCCUCCCGGCGCCAAGCAACCGGGUCGGCACCAAAAGACCCGCAGCUGACGGUCCAGAGCGUAAAUCUAAACCCGCCCCCAAGAAACCCAAAGCCAUUAGAAAACUCAACUUUGAAGACGAGGUGACGACUUCUCCUGUGCUCGGUCUCAAAAUCAAAGAGGGGCCGGUGGAGAUGAAGCCGAGGGCGCAGUCCUCCGGAGGAAACAAGCCUUUGGGGGAGUUUGUGUGUCAGCUGUGUAAGGAGGCGUACGCGGAUCCUUUCUCCCUGGCUCAGCACAAGUGCUCCCGCAUCGUCAGGGUCGAGUACCGGUGUCCCGAGUGUGAUAAGAUGUUCAGCUGCCCUGCCAACCUUGCCUCUCACCGCCGCUGGCACAAACCCAGGACCACCGGCGCACCUGCGAUGCCACCCGCACAGGGCAUCAAACCUGAAAUGGCCAAAAUGCCACCGCUAGGUGUCAAGUCAGUCUCCGACGAAGCCAAAGACAUGAGCGACAGAGACACCCCGAGUCCAGGUCUGUCCGAGUCGGGCUCUGAAGAUGGCUCAUAUGACUGCCAAUUCUGCGGGAAGAGGUUUAAGCGACAGGCAUACCUAAGAAAACACAUCAUGGGACACCAGGCCUUGCAAAAGAAAGUGCUGGAGGAGCACGGGUUUCAAACCAGCGACCGCGCGGCAGAGCAGGCUCCUGUACCAUCCUCCUCCUCCUCCUCCUCCUCCUCAGCAUCAUCAUCAUCAUCCUCCUCCUCCUCCUCCUCCUCCUCCUCCUCCUCCUCCUCCUCCUCCUCCUCCUCCUCCUCCUCAUCCUCAGAGGAAGUCUCAAACCAAAGCCCCCUCAAUCUGAGCCCGGUGGACUGCCUGCUGUGCCCGGUGUGCGGGGAGAGUUUCACCAGCAGGGCCGGCCAGGAGAGACACCUGCGCCUCAUGCACUCCUCCCAGAUUUACCCGUGCAAAUACUGCCCCGCCACUCUCUACAGCUCGCCGGGGCUCACCAGGCACAUAAACAAGUGCCACCCCUCGGAGAACAGGCAGGUGAUCCUGCUCCAAAUGCCGGUGCGCCCCGCCUGCUAAAGACAACACAAAACUCGUGCCUUUGAUGGAGGGGAAUUUCAAAAAAAAAAAAAAAAAAAGGAGAAAGAGAAAAAAAGUGGCUUUGGAGUUAAAAAAAAAUAAAGAGUUCGUGAUGCUCACUGCCAUAACUUUAGGCCAAUGAAAGGCAGGGCGGUUUGAUGUUUAAGUGGUGUUUAAUGAUGUGUCUUUUUCCAUGCCAAUCAGUGAUUGUUGAAUGCUUCUCUCUAUAUUUGAAUUACAUAUAGGCCUAUUUUGAGAUUUUCUUUCUCAAAUUAGUUUAUCAAGGAAAAAAAAGAGUACAAAGCGUUAGUUUGACUGUUAAAGGGUAUUUUUCUAGGACAGCACAUGUGCUCAAUGAUAGCUUCUAGACCUAAGAAAUGUCUUAAAUUCUCAGAAAUCCUUUUUCCCUCAUCAGAAGCCUUUUUUUGAAUACACCGACCGUGAUUGCUCUAUCACUGUAGCUUUGUUUGUGAAAGACAGAAAUGAUCAACUUUGUCUUUGUGGAGAGAGGGAGGGAAAAAAAAGAAAAAACAGAGUGACUGAAGCAUUCCCUGUUUAGUAGAACCAUAAAUGCCUUUAGUAUACAGAUAAGCCUAGUCUGAAAUAGCCUCCAUACACAUCCAAAUCCCGCUGUAUAACUGCCUUAAAAAGUCAACAUAGAUUGUUUUAAUUUUGAA